CGAACUCGCUUGAAAGAUAACAGUCGCGUGUGCGCAGAACAAAGUGCUAACAAAAAUUUGUGUAACGAAGAAGAAACUUCACUUAUUUAUUUGUCUUGAACUUCGGUUUUUUUAAUUUUUUUAGGUGCUUGGUACGAGUUCAGUAUAUUUUUUCGUAUUGUUGUAAGUGCGUGUGUUUUUAAAAGUGAAAAAGUAAAAAUAUUAAGUGCUGUGAAGAAAAUAUUUUUUUGCAAAUAAAUUGCACUUCAUAAUCAACUUAACUGCAGCUCAUAUUUUGCUACUCUACACGCCCCUGGAGGAUACAAAUUAACUUAAUAUAACCUCAUACGAAAAUCCCAAGAGGAGUUUCUCAUUAGUAAAACACUAAUACGGAUCUUGGCUGCAAAAAAGUACUACGAAAUCCAGGAGACAAAAGAAGCGCAAACAAAGGCAGACGAUAAAGAGAACAAACAAAUUAGAGUUUUAGUCAGCAAAUUUAUUCCUCAAACCGCAUUCUCCCGUGAUGUGGUAGAUAAGAUGCAGUUGAGGAUAAUAACGUAAAAGAAUACUGGUGAACCCUAGCAAACACAGCGCUUGAUGGCAAUAGGCAUGCAUCACAAUCGAACGAUAGCACGCGAAGUGGCAAGUAUAGCAAUGCCAACAGAAGAUCCGAGGCCGAAUAAUUUAGCAAAAAUGAGUGAAAACAUUAUGACGCACACAUUUUACCCAAAACAAAAAACCAUAACAAUAGUGAUACAUAAAACUAAAUUUUAUAACGGUAAAUACGAAUCCCAACAACAUCGACAACGAAGCAGUAUCGUGCACACCAGAAAACACGUUCCACAGCGACAACGACUCUCCCGUCGCACAUAUCCCACCAUCAAGAGUUAUGUGUUCAGCCCCAGCGCACAAGUCAGGACCCCACUGCUUCUCACAAUAGCAGCAUUUUUGAUGUGUCACAGCGGCGUAAUUGCUAACGCAACAGCAGUCCAAACGCCACACCCUCACAGCGAGGGAAUAAUCAGCACUCACUCUGAUACAGCCGGCCACAGAGCGACGCGAACGGCACAAUAUAGUCAACCGUUAUCGAUUGAGGGGGGAAAGAACAAUGAAGAUAACAAUAGUUUCCGGCCGAUUAUCCCCAAAGACAUUAGUCCAGAAUAUAUUGCACAAAAUGUGUUUACGAAUGGAGGCCAGUAUCGUGUGUUUGAGCCAACAGAUAACGGCCUGCGAAUCCAAAUGGCAUUGGGUCAAAAGGUUAACAGUGACGAUGGUGUGGCCGUGAAUGUCAAUACACUAAUAGCACAGCGCAAUAUCAACAUGGUGCGUGAUAUCAGUAGGGUUGACAAAAAAAUAAGAACUACAGCCGAAGGAGCAACGGUGGCAAAGUUGAAAGUGGCAACGAAUGGCAAACAAAAUGCUGGAGGGGGAGAAACGUUCAGGCUAAGUAAUAGCAAAAACGGCAAAGAGCAAACAAGACAAGCAGUUGAAAAAGUGGAUGCAUCAACUAACAUCCCAACAACAGCAACAGUUAUGGUACACAAAAGCAAAGCGUUGCCGAGUUUCGUUACUGUUGAGCUAGCUCAAGAGGAAAGGAAGAUAAAAAGUGGUCACAAAGAAAAUGCCAGACCAGAGUCAACAGCCACGAUAACAACAGACUUUGCGGAUGUGUCUCAAAAUGUAGUCGGUGGUGAUAUAAAGGAGCUGGAGGCCUUGCUGGUCGAAUAUGCGGAAAAUUUUUUCAACCAAGCCCAAUAUGAGCCUUCUAAUGAACUGGUAAAUACUUUACAAAACAAUCACACAACGGACGGUGGCUCGUACAAAGAGCGUCCGACACGGCAUGCCGACGCCAACGCCAAUCCAUAUCAUCACCAUCACCACCACCUGCACUACCAGCAGCAUUCACUGCCGGCCGUUGUGCGUCAGUCAGAUGGCAAUGUGAGUGUGAAUAUACCGCGUGCCUUAGAAUCUGGAAGGCUGCUCUUCUUUUCAGGUUUGAAAAAGGCAUUAUGGCCAGUGUAUAUAGGCUUGCAGGUGCUGAAAUCAUUGCUUUUGGCUUUGUUCAUGCCGGUAUUGAUUGGCUCAUUCAGCAAAUUCCUGGGCAAGGGCAUCGUCUCGGGUUCUGCGCCGCUCUUCAUACGUCCGCCGGAUACGCCUCAGGAUUUAGAUUUCCGUGAUAAUACCAUCAAUUUUGAUGAUGACAAGUUCGCCGCCGUCGAGGAGGCCACAAAAGAGGAUGGCUAUGCCUACAAUCAAGCGGAGGCCUCGCAAACACACUAUACUUACAAUGCGGCCGGUGGCAUAAAUCGCAUUGAACAACAAAACAAAAUGCCAGACAGCUAUUUGAGUGCAUUACAGACCAUCGGCUCCGCGUCGUUUAAAAAUUCCGGUUCGCUCUCGGGCAGUUUCUCUGGGGGAGGACUAGGCGGAGGGGGCCUCGGCGCACCAAUGCGUACAAAACCAAUUGCACCAGCAAACACCAACACUUUCCAGACUUUCCAAAAGGUGCCAGCCUCGUCGCUACUGCUUUCCAACUACGACCCCUUCUACAGUCCAUUGCUCUCACGCUUGGAUUCUGUUUUCGCACAAUUGAAAUUAAAUUCCGACAACGAGAACUGUCGUGAAAAGCUGAUUUGUCUAAUGUACGCAAAUCCAGCGAAAUAUGCGCCCUAUAGUAACCUAGUGUCUGCGCAAUUAUCGCGUGAGUUGAAUGAGCUGCGCAAACCAACCUCUGAUAAUGCAGAUAUUUUGAGAUUCUUCAAGUAUAUGCGCGCCGCCAAGGACGGGCAGGAUGGCAUUGAUUGUGAAAAAUCGUUUGAUCGUUGUCAGGAAUUUAAAGAUUUCGAGAAUCCAGCCAUGGUCUCAACAUAUCACGAUAUUAACAAAUUGGUAUCAGCACGAAAAUUGGCGUAGAUGGAGGUGAACCGUCAUCUUGAUAAGGGUUAGCAACCGCAAAAGCGAAGCUGGCAAACGUGAAGAAGACAAAAUGGAUAAGCGUAAACGAAAAUGAUUAACGUUCGAGAAUUGAGGGCAUUGGCAUUAAAAAUUCAGAUUUGCAGGUGUACAAGUUUUGUAUGAACUAUGCAUAUAUUUAAAUAGACUGUUAGAGGAAAAGCCAAAUCGAGAAUAAAUUAAUCUUGUACAAAAAAUUCACGCAUCCUUAAGUUCGUUGGCUAAAAAUAUUAUUCAAUAAAAAAGUUUACAAAAAUUUUAGCACAUAGUUUCAUAAAUAUUAUUCGAUUUUUUUGAUUAUUUUUGCAAAUACUUUAAAGUAAACAACUGAAAGCCGCUACGAAUUUAUUAAUCAACAAUAAAAUUUAAUAAUAAUAAAAAUCAAAACUCAAUGAAAAAAGAAAAAAAAAAUACUUGUAAAUACUUGAGCAUACAUAUUUAGCAUGAAACUUAAUCUACGUAUAUUUAUUUUUAAAUUAAUUUAUCUAAUAUUUUUAACUUAUUUAUUUUUAUUUAUUAAUUUACUUACAUCUAACAUAUAUGAUACAUAUAGUAAAUAGUUAGUAAAGUUUUUGAAUAAAUUAUUUACGCCGUUUGCUCUGGGGCAAGUGCUGGCAUAAGUAACAAUCCUAUGUAUAUACUAAUAUAUAUAUAUAUAUAUGUGUAUAUAUAUGUGCGUCUCAUAUAAAAUUUCUUCUGAACCAAAUAUAAUUUGAAAUUUGAGUUAGACUUUAAUUGCAUGUAAUUGUGUUAAAAGCGAAAUGACCUCAAGCUAUUCGACAGAAUAAUUUCAUCGUAAAACUUCUAAGCUAUGGCACUUAAACUAUAAAAUCUUUGAAAUAGAAAAUUUAAGUAUAUUUGUAUCUAGUUUAAUUGAAACAUUUUAUUUUAGCUUACACGUAAAACGAACUUUGUUAUUAAUUGUGUUGUUUUUAUAGAUAUUUAUUUUAAUAUCAGAUCUAUUAAAUUCUUUAUAUUGAUCAUUGUUAUGCUUCAUAAUUAUAAUAGUCUAUU